AUGUUUCCGCUGGAGGAUCGCAGUCUGACCAUCUUCGUCGUGACACUCGUGUUCCUGAUAAUCUCGUUCAUCGCCGUUGCGUUACGAUGUUUCGUCCGGCUGAGGUUGGUGAAGGCAUUUGGUUGGGAUGACGCUUUGAUGGUAUUUGCGAUGGCAUUGAAUAUCCUGUUUGCUCUGUGUGGACUGAUAGGUGCUCGCUAUGGUUUGGGCCGGAAGAUGCAAGAUUUCGGCACCCCGCCUCAUACCAUGAUUGAACUCGAAACCGCUCUGUUUUGGUGGUGGCUGGGCCAGACGAGCUACGUGAUCACCUGCGUGGUCGCAAAAAUAUCCAUCGCUUUAGCACUGCUUCGUCUCACGAUAACAAGGACCCAUAGAAUCAUCCUGUGGGGUGUUAUAGCUGUUUCUAUCGUCAUCGGGCUGGUGUUUUGGUUCAUUCUUACGCUGCAGUGCAGCCCCGUGGACCAUUUCUGGCACCGGCUCACAAAAUCGGGCACCUGUAUAAAUACAGACUACAUCCUCGAUGUUGCCUAUCUGUACAGUGUGAUAGCGACAAUCUGCGAUUUCAUCCUUGGUCUUCUUCCUAUUGCGCUUGUUUGGAGGUUGAACAUGAACUCCAAAACUAAGACCGCGCUUGCUGGCAUUUUGAGUAUGGGAUGCGUUGCUAGUGCCGCCGUCAUAGUCCGAAUUCCAUUCCUUCAUCAUUAUAAGGAUAAAGAGUUUUUGUAUGCCACAACGUCCAUUUCCAUUUGGUCGAACGUCGAAGCUGGUCUAGGCAUCACCGCCGGUAGUCUCGUCACUCUGCGCCCACUUUUCCGCUGGUUCCGAGGAUCAUAUUAUGAGGGCUCGAAGAGCAGAACAUAUGGAAGGGCUGGUAGUAUGCCUUUAUCCAGCAUGAACGGAGGCUAUAAUCCACGGCAAGAGCAGACGGGGAAUAAGUACUGGCGGCCGGAUCUUGGGAACCAACCUAACCACGGAGUCACCACUACUGUUCAGACGUCCCGCGGGAGCCAAAAUAGCAGCCAGGAGGAUCUCAACCCAAAGCAAAGCUCAUUCUCUGGGGUUAAUGUACAGAAGUCAUUCCUUGUGACUACUGAUCAGGCUUGA